AUGCUGCGCUCCCCCUUGCUGAGAGCUCGUCCUGUUGGGCCACUGCCACGAGCAGCUCUUCAUUACCCCUCACGGGCACCGCCAACUUCAACCGUCGUCGCCUUCACCAGGUCCUGCUCGUCGUCAUCUUCAUCUCCCUCGCCAAAGCUCCGCUUCGCACCGUCACCAACUGGGUACCUGCAUCUUGGAGGCCUCCGUACUGCUCUCUACAACCACCUCCUCGCCCGCAAACUCGGCGGCAAGUGGGUCCUUCGAGUCGAGGACACGGACCAGACGCGGUACGUCGAAGGAGCCGUCGAGUCGCUCCUCAAGACGCUCGACUGGGCCAAGCUCGACUUUGACGAGGGUCCUCAAAAGGGCGGCCCGAACGAGCCUUACUUUCAGUCGAAGCGCAAGGACAUCUACGACCGGUACCUCGAACCGCUUCUUGAGACCGGCAAAGCGUACCACUGCUUCUGCACGCCCGAGCGCCUGGCCUCAACCCGCAAACGCCUCCAGAAGGAGGGCUCGCACGAGGGGUACGACCGACGAUGCCUCGGGCUGUCGAAGGACGAGGUCAAGGAGCGACUCGAAAAGGGAGAGCGCAACAUCGUCCGCUUCAAGAGCUCGUCCGGCUCGCUCACGCAGGAGGACCUCAUCUACGAUCCGAUUCACUACGACUCGCUCCCGCUCGAGGACUUUGUCCUGCGCAAGUCGGACGGCCUCCCGACCUACCACUUUGCCAACGUCGUCGACGACCACGAGAUGGGCAUCACGCACGUUCUGCGAGGCGAGGAAUGGCUCCCGUCGACGCCCAAGCACUUGCAGCUGUACGACGCGCUCGGCCUGUCGCCGCCCCAGUUUGCCCACCUGCCGCUCCUCGUCAACCCUGACGGCAGCAAGUUGAGCAAGAGGGCGGGCGACGUCCGGGUUGAGGACUACAUCACUAAGGGCUAUGAGCCCGAGGCGCUCCUCAACUUUGUCGCCCUCAUGGGCUGGUCCCCUCAGUCGUCCUCGUCCGACACGCCCGACCCGUCGACGAUCCCGACCUCGUCCUCGCCGCGCGACGCCUCGAAUGAGGAGGUCCUCCCUCUCGCAGCCCUCAUCCAGGCCUUUUCGCUCGAGGGCGUCAACAAGAACCGCGCGACGAUGCAGAGCGCCAAGCUCGACUUCCUCAACCGCGCGCACGUGCGCAUCAAGCUCGCCGAUGCGGCGCCGGGAGGUGGGCGCGACGACGUCGCGAGGAGGACGUGCGAGGUCGUGAGGGGCAAGUGGCCUGACUUGGCGGGCGAGACGGUCGAGGAGCCGUACGUGGCUCGCGUGCUCGACGCUCUCAAGGACCGGCUGCACACGAUCGUCGACGUGCCGUCGCUCGGCGCCUACUUCUUCCAUCCGCCAGUUCUCGACUCGGCGCUCGCGUCCCAGCUCUUCAAGAGCGUCCCUCUCGAGACCCACCGCGCAUCCCUGCGCUCGGCCCUCUCGGCGCUCUCGUCCGCUCCUUUCCCGUCGCCCGCCCAGCCUAUGGACGAGCUCGACACGGCGACGCUCAAGGACGUCCUCGACCACCUCGUCGAUGAGCGCGGCGGCAAGACCAAGGCCAAGGAGGUCAUGAACCCGCUUCGGUGGGCGCUGACUGGACAGAAGGUCGGGGCGGGCGUUGUCGACGUCGUCGCUGUACUCGGAAAGGACGAGGUCGUGCGGCGGCUCGAGGCGGGCCUUGCGUGGAUCGAGGCGCACGAGAAGGCGAGCUAGUAGAGCAGGAGACAUGUAGCACGAGGAUGAGCAGCCUUGUUGUAACGAGUCGAACGAGCAGUCGCAGCUCUCUUCCUUU